UCAGUUUAAUACUCUCAAAUCAAAACAUGAAGAUCAUUGUCUGCGUACUAAUUGUUUUCUGCAGUGCAGGCUUUUUGGUGCAUGGGAAAAAGAUCGUCGGUGGCGUGCCUGCUGAGCUCGGCGAGUUUCCUAGUCAGCUCUCACUGCACCUAAACGACUCGCUGUACGGCGCGGCCAACGUGCUCAGCGAGAACUAUGUGCUCACCGCGGCCCACUGCGUAAUGGGGCUGUCGCCACCUGAGCUAAGCGUGAGGUCGGGUAGCUUAUACUACGACAAGGGCCAACGCCACCAGGUCACUCGCAUCGUCAUGCACGAGCAGUUCAACUUCACAGAUUCUCUCGUACACGACAUCGCCAUUGUUGAAGUAGACCCUCCAUUCACAUUUGGCCCUAACGUCCAACCAUUGGUUCUGCCAAAUCAGGGUGAGGACCCUGCUGUAGGUACACCAGCGACCGUCAUCGGAUGGGGAAGACUUUACUACAAUGGACCGCUCAGUGAGACGAUCAACAAAGUGACGAUCGAGAUUCGAGACCAAGCGAUUUGCGAGGAGGCAUACGUGAAUUUUCCACUGCAUGUUUACGAGAGCCACCUUUGCGCGGACGUGCCUGAAGGAGGACUAGGUUCCUGCAAUGGAGAUAGCGGCGGGCCUUUGUUAGUGGACGGCGUCGCGGUCGGGCUUGUCUCGUGGGCCAAUGAGUGCGCCCUUCAAGGAUACCCUACGGUCUACACCAGGCUCCCCGACUACAGGGACUGGAUCACGCAGAACUCAGGAAUUUAAAUCCGGAAUUCCCAAAAUUGUUAUACCGAAUGAUGUCUGUCUAUAUAA